AUGUUCCGCGAAUUCCGGACGAGCGCCAUGGUUCAGGAGACGCUGGCGUCCUUGGGAAUACCGUUCCAGAACAACUUCGCAGGAACCACGGGUGUGGUAGCAACCAUCGGCACGGGUGAAGGCCCAAUUGUGGCCCUGCGAGCGGAUAUGGACGCUUUACCUAUUACUGAGGAGACAGACGUGCCAUUCAAGUCGCGUCAUCCCGGUGCCAUGCACGCAUGCGGCCAUGACGCCCACACCGCCAUGCUGCUCGCCACUGCCCGAAUUCUCCAGGAGCGCUCCCGGGCAGGUACCUUGGGUGGCACGGUUCGUCUUAUCUUCCAGCCAGCUGAGGAAGGAGGGGCAGGGGGGAAGCGCAUGGUGGAUGGGGGAGCUCUCAAGGGUGCGUCUGCUGCCUUCGCGCUGCACGUCUCACCUAAGAUCCCAGCAGGCUAUGUGGGCAGUCGCCCAGGCAUGCUGCUAGCCGGGUCCGGUCGGUUUAACGCCACAGUGUGGGGCAAAGGGGGCCAUGCAGCCAUGCCUCAGUUCGCUGCAGACCCGAUCCUCGCUGCUGCUCACAUUGUCUCAAGCCUCCAGGCAAUUGUCUCUCGAGAGACCGACCCCUUUGCCUCGCGCGUUGUCUCAGUGACUCAAUUCCACGGUGGUUCGGCCGAUAAUGUCAUCCCCGAUACAGUCACGCUGCGCGGCACUUACAGAGCCACCACUAAAGACGGGCUCGCUGACCUGGAACGGCGCAUCGCUGACAUCAUCGACACGCAGGCGCGCGUGUUUGGAUGCCGGGGAGAGGUGGACUAUGGGAUGAUGGAUGUCAACAUGCAAGCUGAUGCAGCAGAAGCAGCAGAAGCAGUGGAGGCAGGAGGAGCAGAAGGAUUUUGCACGAACACAGCUGGCAACACGGCCCAAGGCUCCUGUACUGCCAACAGUGCCGGUGAACCUUCUUCCGAGCCUCUUCCCGACCCUCUCGGGUACGACUGGCCGCCGAAGCGCAUCCCAGCCUACCCCCCCACGGUGAAUGACGUCAGCAUGCACGCGCUCGGCCGCGACGUGGUCCGGAAGCUUCUGGGAAGCUCCGCGUACCUGGAUGUGGAUCCGUGGAUGGCUGGGGAGGAUUUCUCCUUCUAUCAGGAGGCUGUGCCUGGUGCCAUGUUCUUCCUGGGAGUGGGGGCGUCUGGUGGUGAUCAUAACGCCACCACCACCACAACCAGCAACAGCCCGCCUCUGCAUUCUCCCAUGUUCACGAUUGAUGAGGCGGCUCUGCCCAUUGGUGUGGCUCUGCAUGUGGGGUUUGUGCAGCAGUUCCUGUCCCAGGGGCGAGCAGAGGCUUAG